AUGGGCACAACCACUUAUUUGUUGGACAAGGAGCAUUUACCUUUGAGACCAGAAUUUGAGGACAACACUAUUGUGAUGAAUGAAGAGGAUCCCACAUCUGUGCAAGCACAAGAAAAGAGCGAGAAGGAAAAGGCAGAAAAAGCUGGAAAGAUGCCAAGUGUUGAGGAGGCAUCUCAAGAGAGCUUGGAGACGAUCAUUAAAACCAAGUUCUAUGAUCUUGAUAUGAAAGUAAUAGAGAUGCAGACUGCUGUUGAGCAGCUUCAGGAGGAAGCAGAGGAGAAGAAAGGGAAGGCUACCACAGAUGCCUUUCAGAGAGUUCCUAGAGGACAGAGGUCUGCUGCAGUGUCCAUGGCUGACACUAGAGCAAAUACUUCAGCACCAGCAGCAACAACUUCACCGCUCGACGACCCGCCGACGCCUGCCGUUGGACUGCCCGACGCCGCCCCAUCGCUGGACCUCGCCGAAGGCCACCUCGACGGACCUCCCCAUCGGACUGCCUCCCCGCCGCCCGGUUGUCCCCGUCGACCUCCCCGUGCCCCACAUCCACUCCCCUACGGCUACCGUGAGCAUGCGCCCCUCCUUCUCCUCUGCCCCGCUCCACCGCACACGCGCUCCGCCGACCGCACCGCUGGCCUCCCGCAGCCACUGCCGCUCGCCCGCUGGUGCGUCACCGCGCGCGCACGUGACGCGCCAUCCGCGCCUCGCGCGUGGCCGCCUCUGCCCCCUCGACACGCUCACCGCGGCCCCCGCACCGGCCCUCGCCCGUGCACGGCCGCGCUCGCACUGGCCGCACGCCGCCCCUGCUCGCACACGCGGCCGCCCAGCCACUCCUGCUCCUGCUACUCGCCGUAG